AGCCUCGCUUAUCUCGCCUGUCAUACUUACUUUAGGAUGACAGAGUGACAAAUAAUACUGAAACAGGAUGCUGCUGGACAGAUGAAGGUCAGAGUGGAGAUGCUGCUGUGAAUCUAUUGUGACAAAAGAUGAGAAUCAGUUCUUCACUGCAACGAGUGGAAAAAGACCUCAAGGUGUAUGCAAAAAACUUCACUGAAAGUGGAGUCAGUGUUCAAAGGUGCUGCUGGAUCCUAUGCCCUGUAAAGAUGGAGACACUGGUUAAACCAGUGCUGCUGCUACUUUUAUGGCAGAGUGUCUGGGCAUUUGACGUCCCACUGGAAGUCAGACAGCCUCCAACCAUCAUUAAACAGUCUUUGAAGGAGCAUAUUGUUGACCCUAAAAGCACCAUGGUCAUAGAAUGUGAAGCCAAAGGAAACCCUCAACCCAUUUUCUCAUGGAGGCGGAAUGGGAAGUAUUUUAAUGUGGCACGUGACUCUCAGACGUCGAUGCGCAGGCGCUCAGGGACGUUGGAUAUCUCUGCCUGGAACAAUCCAGAACAGUAUGAGGCAGAGUAUCAGUGUAUUGCCUCCAAUGAAUAUGGAUCUGCCUAUUCCAACAAGAUUAGACUACAACUAUACAGAGCUCCUGUUUGGCCGAGGGAGAUCCUGGAGCCUGUGGUGAUCAGUGCUGGUUUACCUUUGGUCUUAUCUUGUGACCCACCUCCAGGCCCCCCUAAACCUGAAACCUACUGGAUGUCAAGCUGCUCAUAUGCAAGACCUUUCAACUGGCCGAUUCAGACAGCGUUCCCCACCAUGCAGGCUGUGCGGCAGGAUCGCAGAGUUUCCAUGGGAAUAAACGGAGACCUGUACUUCUCAAAUGUUCACUUCAAUGACUCUACUACUGAUUACUGCUGUAAUGCCCGCUUUCCCUACAAGAACGUCAUCCAGCAGAAGAUGCCUGUGGUUGUAAAGGUGCUGACAACUCGUGCAAUGGCUGAGGCUGCCCCCACCUGGAUGUCCCCCAAAGGUUCAUCCAGCUCCAGACUGGUCCUGCUAGGUGAGGAGCUGCUGCUGGAGUGUAUCGCUGGAGGAGUGCCAACUCCUCAUAUUACAUGGAUCAAGGAUGGUGACAACCUAGUGGUGACGUCCCGCAUGAAAGUAAAGAACUUCAACAAGAUGAUUCAGAUCCCUAAGGCAUCCUUUGAAGAUGCGGGUGAAUACACGUGCACUGCAACCAAUAGAAUUGGAUACAUUGAACACACCAUAACUGUGAGGGUCAAAGCGGCUCCUUUCUGGUUGGAGAAACCCACUAACUUGGUCUUGGCCCCAGAGGAAAAUGGACGCUUAGUGUGUCGUUCUGAUGGAGCUCCUCGUCCCACAAUUGAGUGGUUCAUAAAUGGGGAGCCAAUUGAAUUUGCUACACCUCAGCCUAACAGACAGGUGUCAGGAGACACACUGAUAUUUCAGAGUGUGACUGCAGCAAACACAGCUGUGUACCAGUGCAAUGCUUCAAAUGAGUAUGGAUACUUACUGGCCAACGCUUUUGUCAAUGUGCUACAUGCCACACCACGCAUCCAUGGGCCCAGGAAUGAGCUGAUUAAGGUGAUAGAAGGCAGCCGGGCCUUUUUAGAUUGCCGUUAUUUUGGGUCUCCAGUGCCUGACCUACGAUGGUCAAAAUAUGGACAGGGGAAUCUUGAAGGGAACCGUUUUAAGACCUAUAGCAACGGGACGCUGGAGAUCAGGCGGAUACGCCUUGAGGACCAGGGAACUUACCUUUGUAUAGUCAGUAACCUCGCAGGAAGAGAUGAGAGUCAAGUGCGAGUAGAGGUCAAAGAGCCCACUGUGAUUGUCACAAAACCACAGAAUAUGAAAGUCAUUCGUGGAACUGACGUACGCUUUGAUUGUGGAGUUAAAACUGAUGCCACCACACCUGUCACUACUACAUGGAUGAAAGACAAAAAGCAAGUCACACUUGGAUGGAGGCUUAACCUGGAUGAAUCAAAUCUCAUCAUCACCAAUGUAAACAGAGGCGAUGAAGGCAAUUAUACCUGUAUAAUCAAAAGUGAACUGGACCAGAAGUCUGCUUCAGCGUAUCUAAUGGUGAUGGAUCGUCCCAACCCACCCACUGGUUUGCAGUUGUCAGAUCCAUAUGAGCGAACUGUAAGGCUCACUUGGGUUCCUGGAGACAGCAACCACAGUCCAAUUACAGAGUACUUAGUUCAGUAUGAUGAUGAUGACUGGCUGCCUGGCAAGUGGAGAAACCUGUCAACGUAUCCAGGGAACCUCAACUCUGUCAUUCUCCACCUGACACCUUUUACAUACUAUGAGUUCCGAGUCAUUGCUGUAAAUGAAAUCGGACCAAGUCGCCCCAGUCGUCCAUCUUCGCGUUUCCAGAGCAGUGGUGCACCACCAGAUGUAAUUCCGAAGAAUCUAAAAGGUGUGGGUACAUGGAGGAAUAAUAUGGAGAUCAGCUGGGAGCCUCUGACCUACAGAGAGUGGAACGGGCCUCACCUGAAGUAUCUGGUGUGGUGGAGAAGGAGGGAUUCCAGAGAGGAGUGGAAGAACGCUACCACCAAAUGGCUGAAAUACUACAUCUAUGAUGCAGAUACCUUCACUCCUUAUGAGCUCAAAGUCCAGGCUGUUAAUGACUUUGGGCUGGGGCCGGAGUCUCCCGUUGUCAUCGGUUAUUCAGGAGAAGAUCGUCCCACAACUGCCCCCCUGAACCUGAGGGUGUCGGACAUUGAGAGCACCCAGGUGACCGUGCACUGGGACCCGGUACCACGAGGCUCUCUUAUGGGAGAACUGAGAGAAUAUAAGGUUUAUUACUGGAGGGACAGCAGCCAGCUGAGAUGGCUGAGGGUCAACAGAGGCAUGAAGUCUAAAUCAUUUCCAGAUGACAACCCAGAGCCAUCUGGGGUCGUCACUGAUCUCCUUCCAUAUAGUAAUUACAAGAUGUACAUAGUGGUGACAAACAAUCGGUAUGAAGGGCCGCCUAGCAAUUACAUACACUUCUCAACACCUGAAGGAGUACCAUCUGUUCCCAGAUCCUUCAGGAUACAGCAGCGACAUCUGGACAGUAUUUAUGUUGACUGGGAUGUGCCAGCAGAACCCAAUGGAAUCAUCACCGGAUAUUCCCUGAAGUACCAGACUGUGAACGCCACCAGAGGAGAAGAGCUGCGAGUCGAGGAGUUCCCUCCAAAUGUAACAAGCUUCUCAGUACGGCGAUUUGACCGUUACACACGGUACAGAUUCUCUGUGGCGGCUCGAACUCGGAUUGGGAUAGGAGAGUGGUAUACCGAGGAGUCUCCCCAUUACACCACUGAAAUUUACGCUCAGGACCAGGUGGACAUCACCACUCAGGGCUGGUUCAUCGGGAUAAUGUGUGCAGUGGCUCUUAUUGUGCUCAUCCUACUUAUAGUGUGCUUCAUUAAGAGGAGCCGAGGGGGUAAAUACCCAGUGCGUGAAAAAAAGGACAUUUCACUCGAGCCAGUGGAUGAUAAAGAUCAGGAAGGAUCUUUCGACUAUCGAUCCCUUGAAAGGAUAGCACGUGUGUCCACUCUGCCUUAUCCUCGGCGAGAGGAGGAGAGAGGGCUUCAAAGAGGCCAGCCGUCUAUGGAGGCGAUGAUGAAACGGUCAGACAGUGACGACAGUCUGGUGGACUAUGGUGAAGGAGGGGAGAUACCGUUCAACGAGGACGGCUCCUUCAUCGGCCAGUACACAGGAAACAGGAGAGACGUCAGGGAGUUGGAUUUCGGCGGAGGUCUUGAACUUCACUCUCCAAUGAACACCAUCUACUCCCUGGCAUGAAACUUAAAACUGAAGCUUCUCUCAUGUGACUUUGAUGUGAGAACCUGAGGAAACCAUCAUGGUGUGUGGUGUCUGCUUGUGGCUGCAGGAGGGGGAAACAGCUGGAGCCCACAGUGCUGUUACCCUGUGUGUCCUUACAGAUAAUGAAAAUGUCAUGCAUUUUAGAGAGAAAACUGUGUAAUAAGUACGACAGCACUCCUGGAGAUUCAAAGCUUUGGUAUGUGAUGAAAAGAAGGCUUUACUUUUUGUUUUUUGUAUGGAAUUUUCUGUAAAUAUGAAACAGUAAGUUUUCAUAAAUAUGUAUAUAUUUAAUUAUUCCAUUACUGGAGGGAGACUGGCAAACACAGUAGGUAGAGACAGAAGUGAAUCAGUUUAUCAUGUUGAUAAAAGCAUUUGCAAAGGAUCAACUAAACUAUUGUCAUUACAUCUGUCUUUCUGCUAAUUUCGAUGAUGAGGUAUUUGUUCUCCUCAUACAGUACGUGAGCUGGUUGACAUAUACGUAACGUCUUAGAAUUGCCUCUUCUUUGUUUUGUGCACUAGUGAUGGCCACAGUGAGAGAUAAAGGAAGAUACAUUAUCUCCAGGAACUAGCCAUUUAUCUCCACUGCCAUGCCAGUCAUGACGUCAAAUCAUUUCGGGAAUCAGCAAAAAGUCAUAAACCAGCUGUAAAAUCACAUUUUUGAUAUUUCUAUCUAAACCUGCCUUUCACUCACUGUUGGAAAAUAAGAAAAAAAAAAUGUAAGUGUAAGAGCUGACUCCUAACAUCACUAUGUAUUACCACGGUUAUGUCAUCAUGUAAAUAAAGUGGAAGUAUUUUGAACAUUA